AUGGCCGAUUUACCAGAGUUCCGGAUCAGCCCUUGUUCUCCACCCUUCAAGACCACCUUGGUAGACUAUCUAGGCCCAGUAAUGGUGAAACUGAAUCGUAAUACCACGACCAAAGGAUACUGUGCUUUAUUCACAUGUGCAGUUACCAGGGCUGUCCAAUUGACUGUUGUCCAGGACCUCUCAACUCAGGCUUUCCUUCAAGCCUUGGAAAGGUUUGUCAGUGUUAGAGGAGCACCUGCCAUGAUGGUUAGUGACAAUGCCAUUUGUUUCCGAGGGGCUGACAAUACAAUCAAUGAACUGAAUCUUAAACUCAACCAAACACAGGUCCGUGAGCACUGUCAACGUUUCAAAAUCGAGUGGAAGUUCGGACCACCAGGAGGACCUCACCACCAAGGAGCGGUUGAGCGCAUAGUCCAGGAAGUAAAGAAAGCUAUGCGGCAUCUUGUGAAGGCGGAUCGUCUAACCUUUGUGGAAUGGGAGACCAUCUUCUGCAGGAUCUCAGGUCUCAUCAAUAGCCGCCCCCUGACUGCGAUGUCUUCCUCACCCAUGGACCAUCCUCCAAUUACCCCCAAUCAUUUUCUUAUUGGUAGAGGGGAAUUGACCUGUCCAGACAUCCCUUGUGAAGACUACAAAUGA